AUGAUUGGACCCACUGACACCAAAUGCAGAGAUUGGCGGUGUGAAUAUCACAAGGACCAUGGCUAUGACACUGACAUCUGUUUUGCACUAAAGGACCAUCUGGAAGAGUUGGUGCAGGACGGCCAACUGGCACAGCACAUCCGCAAGGGUAACUCAUCAAACACGGUAGCCGUACAGCCGAACUCGCCUCUGUUUGGUGUUAUUCACAUGAUAUAUAGUCUUCCACCCCCAACUCAGGUGCAUACGAUUCAGAUACAACCUGGCCUAUCCAAAUCAUUCACACCAGCCAAACGACCUCAUGAAAUCAGACAAAUCAGUUUCGACGACACUGAUCUCAAAGGGGUCAUGCUUCCCCAUAACGAUGCCCUUGUCAUUGAAUUGCGCGUCAGUAGAUUUGUCGUCGAGCGUGUUUUGAUUGAUCAAGGAAGCACCUUAGAGAUCAUAUAUUAUAAGACAUUUCUUAAACUCGAUUUUACCAAAUCGGACUUGCUGCCAGCCGACUAUCCCCUGUUUGGCUUCAAUGCAAACCCCGAGUACCCUUUGGGUAAGAUCAUUGUGUCAGUAUGUGCAGGAACUAGGUCGAUCGACGUGAAGUUUCUGGCCGUCAAGAUUUUGUCACCAUACAAUCUUAUCAUGGGAAGAACCUGGUUGCACACAAUGCAGGUUGUACCACGUACCUACCAUCAGUUACUCCGCUUUCCAACACAACACGGCAUCGAGAAAAUAAGAGGCUCUUAA